AUGACAGAUACAAAUCAACCAACAGUUGAGUCAUCACAAGAAGAAGAGGGAACACAAGAAAUUACACCAUGGACAGUAUCAUCAACCAAAGGAAUCAACUAUGACAAGUUGAUUGAUCAAUUUGGUUCAACUAAAAUUCAUCAAGAUCUAAUUGAUCGUUUUGAACGUCUUACAAAAAAGAAAGCUCAUCAUUUUUUGAAAAGAGGUAUCUUUUUUUCUCAUAGAGAAUUUAAAGAGAUUUUAGAUUGUUAUGAACAAGGUAGAGGACCAUCAAGUGGAUCAUUACAUUUUGGUCAUCUUGUACCAUUUAUUUUCACCAAAUACCUUCAAGAGGUAUUCAAUGUACCAUUGGUCAUUCAAAUGACAAACGAUGAAAAGUUUUUAUGGAAAGAUAUUACAUUGGAGGAAUCUAUUCAUUACACUGUCGAAAAUGUAAAGGAUAUUAUUGCUCUUGGUUUUGAUAUUGAAAAAACUUUCAUCUUUUCAAAUUUGGAUUAUAUUCAAUAUUUAUAUCCAAAUGUUGUUAAAAUUGGUAAAUGUGUUACUUUAAAUCAAGUAAAGGGAAUUUUUGGAUUUGGAGAUAGUGAUUCAUGUGGUAAAUUUGCAUUUCCACCAAUUCAAGCAGCACCAAGUUUUCCAGAUUCAUUCCCACAUAUCUUUGGUAAAUAUGGUGAUCAGAUAAAAUCUAUUAGAUGUUUGAUUCCAUGUGCUAUCGAUCAAGAUCCCUAUUUUAGAAUGACACGUGAUGUUGCUUCUCGUCUUGGUUACCAAAAGCCAUCUUUGAUUCAUAGCAAGUUUUUCCCUGCCCUUCAAGGUCACAAUACAAAGAUGAGUGCUUCCGAUCAAAACUCGGCAGUCUAUCUUUCAGAUACCCCUCAACAAGUAAAGGACAAGGUUACCAAACAUGCCUUUUCAGGUGGUCGUGAUACCAAAGAAGAACAAGAAAAGUUUGGUGCAAAUUUAGCAGUUGAUGUUCCCUAUGAAUAUUUAACUUACUUUUUAGAAGAUGACGAUGUUUUAUCAAAUAUUGCAGAGAAAUAUUCAACAGGAAAAAUGUUAACUUCUGAAGUUAAAAGUUAUUUGAUUAAUAUUAUGAAUCAAAUGAAUCAACAACAUCAACAAGCAAGAUCAAUGGUUACCAAUGAUAUUGUUAAAGCUUUCAUGUCUAUUAGACAAUUAAAUUAUUAA